AUGAGGGUUUCCAGACUUGCUCUUGCCAUGCUGUCUUACUUCCUUGGGAUGCUUUAUCAUUUUCUUCCAUAUGGUACAUUUCUCAACGACUUUGAAGCUAUUGAGGACCUCAUCUUAGGCAGGCUGGCUGGAGCCUUUCUUAUCGACCAAGCCUUCUUCGCAUACCUACAAGGCAAGGCCAAGCUGAAGAUAACAUCUCUCAAGGCCAGCGAAUACAAUGGGUUUGUUCUGAAAGAGCGGGAGCUUUGUGCAAAAAGAAAUUUCAGCAGUAUCGACGAGCCAGAAUUCUACAACUUGUAUCCACCAAGCGAUGCCUACGGAACCAUGGCUCGAAUAUUAAAGAAGGAAACAAUGGAUAUUAGCAAGUGA